AUGCACACAUCGCGCCAGAAUUGGCUAGAGCUGAGAGGCUUCACGUCGAAACACCUUAUCAAACCAAUAGCCGCUUACGAGCAUCGCGGUGAUCGGUGCCUGCUUUUCCCCUGGGCAGAUGGAGGAAACCUAUACGAGUUCUGGAAGGAUUACAAAGGCGAUCGUCUGGCCAAAACCAACCUCAGAUGGGUGACGUUCCAACUCACGGGCUUGUUCUCUGCUCUUGAGGACCUUGACAGAGCAAACUGCCGACACGGAGACCUCAAGCCCGAGAACAUUCUCUUAUUUGUGGACAAAGACAAGAACACGACACUACAAAUUGCCGAUUUAGGACUCGCUACAUUCCACAAGAAAGAUGCCUUGACAAAGAUUCGAAAAGCCAACAACGAGGAUACCGAGACGCCUCCUGGAACAUCUCGGUACGAGCCCCCAGAAGAGAACAAGAGCCGAAGGAAGAACCCGAACUUUUGGAAGACUCGAUCAAGGGCGUAUGACGUCUGGUCCAUGGGUUGCGUGGUGCUGGAACUGCUGAUGUGGCUUACCUACGGCUACAAAACGGUGAACGACUUUAGGGACAAAACAAAAUACUUCUGGGAAAAGGUUGACAAAACAUACCGGGUUCAACGUCAUGCACAGGAACACAUCGACAACAUAUCGAAAGCAUGGCCGGAAGGUUCGAUCUGCGGUGAUCUUGUACGUUUUGUUAAAACCAGCCUCCUUGUUGUCGCGCCGAAAGAAAGCAAGACUACCUCUCGAUGCCGAGCAACAGCGCCCGAGGCCCACGGAAAGAUGAAGAGAAUCCAGACAAAAUAUUACCCUGCACAACCUGGGAGAGUUUGGUGGGCUGGUGGGAAUACAGCGCAAGGCGACAGAAGAACUGGGGCAAGACUCGCAGACAACGCCUACGUUGAGGAAAGCCUCUCAGACGGUUAUGAAACACGAAGAAGUAACAAGCUCAAUGACCAUUGGGAUUCUUUACCGGAUAACGCCUUCGCCUCUCAGAUGUUCAACCAUGUCAGCUGGCCUCAAACAAGACCAUCGCGGACUGAAGCGAACUACAAGCUGUGUACCAACUGUAGCACAACGACGUCAACAAUGCUCUUCCAGUCCGAACGUCAGCUGUCAGCGAUGCAGAGGUCUUGCGAACUAUGCGUCUUGCUUCUUGAUUCCCUGAGCCGAGUAGGUAUAGAGUCUUCAGCGGUCGUCAAACUACGCCAGACGGGUACCACGAUAGGGCUGGAAGGCGGACCGAACCUGCUUUCGAUCUACAUUGAGCCAGGAGACGACGUUCCCGCAGGAAGACAGAUUGGGUUUCCCCUACUUCCUGAGCCGAAUAGUCAAGGACAACUCUCGCUCUUCAAACACUGGAUACAGAGCUGCGACUCGACACACCACGCGUGUCAUCGCCAUGACGGGCAAACUAUCUCGGAGAUGCCGACCCGACUUGUCAAGGUGACGGAUCCAAUACGACUGAUCAGUUCCUGCACGAUAGAGCCCAGUCGAUACAUAGCCCUCAGCCACUGUUGGGGCCAGCUGCAAGAACACGAAAGAUUCUGUCUUUACCAAAGAAACCAUCAUCAGCUCGAGGCUCGCAUCGACUUUGAUCGACUCCCCAAGACAUUUCGGGAUGCAAUCACAGUCACUCGUGGCCUCGGCAUAGAGUAUAUCUGGAUUGACACGUUGUGCAUCAUCCAAGAUGACGGGGACGACUGGGAAAAGGAGUCGUCAAAAAUGGAGACAGUGUUCAGCGCGGCAUACUGCACCCUUAGUGCAGCAUCGGCCGAAUCAUCCCUCGAUGGCUUUCUAUCUCCCCGCCCGCCGAGGCCAUGCGUGCGACUGCGGACGGAAGACUCCCGGCAGUUGUAUAUUUGUCCGCACAUCGAUGACUUCCAUCGAGAUGUUGAGCUGGCAAAGAUCAAUAGACGGGGAUGGGUCUUACAGGAGCGGGCUCUGUCAAGACGCUCCAUAUACUACAGCCAGACCCAGGUGUACUGGGAGUGCGGAGAAGGGAUACGUUGUGAGACCAUGGGCCGUCUCUACAACUCGAAGGCCGCUUUUCUCGGGGACGCCAACUUCCCACGAUCCGCAUUGGAGUACUACCGCGACGGACGGCAGUUGCUCAUCCAAGAUUUAUACGAGAGAUACUCGGCUCUCGCGUUCACGAAGGCUUCGGACCGAGCAGUCGCCAUCCUCGGCCUACAAGAGCGCCUAGCAAGGGCGUUCGAGACUCAAGCCGCCCAUGGCACUUUCAAGUCUUACUUCGCCCGCAGCAUCCUCUGGAGGCGCGACCAACACCUCGCGGAGAUGACGCCCAUCGCCCAGCCGGCGGGGCGCCGCGUUCCGAGUUGGUCAUGGUUCUCCAAAAGCGGUAGAAUCCAGUACAUGAACCUCACGUUCGAAAAGACCGAGUGGAUGAACGACGACUUCAGGAGCCCCUUUGAUUCUCAGCCAGAUGACACGCUCCCUGGCCAGACAUCGAAGCCAGGCUGCCCCGAAAUCAGUUCGAUACUUGGUGGGUUUGCGCGACGCAUGGAGAUGGACGAUGGGACGCUCACGUCGCAGGUCGUUUUUGACAUGAAGAAUAGGCACCAAGCCAAGGAUUUACGGGCUGUGCUGAUCGGCCGCGAUAAGGGCGAGGGCGACAGCACCAAUGCCCCGAAAGUCCACGUGCUCGUUAUUUGCAAAUGCAGCAGUGAUCCCACGGACAGACUGUACGAAAGAGUAGGAGUGGCGUCUCUUUCACCGGAGAAAGUGCUGACGGAAGGGGUUUGGGUUGAUAUUUGUUGA